AUGUUCUCAGGCUUCUUCUGGCCGCUUAUUCUCCGCACCGUUGCCGGUGCGCAGACGGUGUACGGCCUUGUCCUCGCUGCCGACGUUGGCAACCUGGCUCUUGUAGCCGGUACGCUGACAGGCCUCACUGCUAUGGCCGUUUUCGUGGCUGCGGCCUGGGGGCUCUCCAAGCCAUCGAUUGUGGCGGCGUGGCGGGCAAAGGUUGCGCAUGGAGCCGGCGGCUCUGUCGAUGGCGAGCGAGGCAUGCGGAGCGAUCGGCUGGAUGUGCUCGGUGUGGAGCAGGUCUACGUCGACGCUGAUCCGGUGCCGCUGGAAACGUUUGGCGCGGCGGGUCGAGCCGAGCGGAUUGCGGGCGGAACGGUGAUGGUGGUUGGCGGCGGUGUGUCGGGCCUCGGCGCGGCCUGGGCGCUGGAGCAGGACGGGUGGCAGGUGACACUCAUCGAGGCCGAGGCCGAGCUCGGCGGGCAUACGACGACGCUGCGUGGGGAGGAUCUCGGUUUGCCGGCGGAUCCUGUGACCGGCGCCGUGCCGACGGUCGACCCCGGGUUCCAGAUCUGCAACCCGCUGCACUACCCGGGCUUGCUCGCCUGGUUCCGCAAGUUGGGCAAGUACGUGGCGCUGCGACCGACCGAGAACUCGCUCUCUGUCUCGUCGCAUGUCGACGGCUACGGCUGGGCGUCGUGCGCGUCGUGGCUCGGGCUGGUCAAGUGUCUCGCGCUGCGCGGGCGGAAGUUUGCGGCCAUGAUGCGCGAUAUGGUCCGGUUCCACGCCGAGGCAGAGGGCUACCUCACUGCUCUGCCGGACAUGACGCUGCGCGAGUUUGUGGCGCGCGAAGGGUACUCGGACGCGUUUGCGGCCGACUACCUCAUGCCGUGCGUUGCGUCACUGUGGUCGUGCUCGGCUGAGGGCGCAUGGGCGUGCUCGAUCCACUUUAUCAUCCGCUUCUUCCGCAACCACCACAUGCUCAACAUCUUUUCUCGCCCGGUCUGGCACACGCUCAUCGGCGGCUCGUCGACGUACGUUGACGCGUUUAAGGCCUCGUUUAGGGGCACGAUUGUGACCAGUGCGCCGGCGGCACGGUUGGUCCACGCGCCCAACGGUGGCGAAGCGUGGCGGGUGACGACUGCCGACGGGCGGAGCUUUGACGCCUCGGCCGUCGUCCUCGCCACCCACUCGUCGACGACGCUGCGGCUGCUGCAGGCCUCGAGCGCCGCGGUGACGUCCGGGCUCGGUACGCGGCGCGCAUCGGCGUUGCUUGCCACGCUCAACGAGCUGCCAUACUACUCGAGCAAGGUCUACGUCCACACCGACGCGUCGCUCAUGCCCGCGGCGCGCGAGCUGUGGGCCUCAUGGAACUCGGUCGUGCUUAGCACUGGCGAGUCGAUCUGCACAUACUACGUCAACAAGCUGCAGGCGCCCGACUACACCGGCACGGACAUCUUUGUCACCGUGGUGCCAGAGGGCACGUCUGCGGCGGCGCUCCCGUCCGACCUCUCUCUCCUCCGCAAGCUCCCGUUCGACUGGGAGCACCCGUCGAUGUCUGUGGGCGCAGUGGCAGCGCGGUGCUGCGACGCAUCGCUCCAGCAUCCGGGCGAUGGACUCGUGCUCGCGGGCGCGUGGCUUGGCAACGGCUUCCAUGAGGCCGGCUUCCAGUCAGGCCUGCGCGCGGCAGCGGCGCUGGGCGACGCGCGGCUGUAG